UGACAGUGAGAGGUUAUGUCGCUAUCCGAUAAAGAUGUCAAUUUGAAUUUCACGGAUUUUGUUUUUGAAUUAUGUAAUUAAAUAUAUAAUUUUAAUAGAUGUAGAAAAGCAUAAAUAAUGGAAUGUGUAGUUUGUGGUGGCACAAAUUUUAUAAAGGACUCUGGUUUUUACUUUUGCGGAGAAUGUCAAACUCAAAGCCAAGAACUCAAAGAACAUGCUUUUCAAGAAGAAGCAGCUCAAAUAAACGUUAACAGUGUCAGAAAGAUUAAAACUAUAAAAACAAGUAAAAAUGAGCAUCUCACAAGCUGGGAAUGUUACAACGUAAUCUUAUUAGCCUUAACUGAACAGUUAAUACAACUGGGAGCAGAUGUAAAAAUAAAAAAGAUUGUUAAAUGUUUGUGGAUGAGAUAUUUGGAAAAACUUGAGGUUAUAAAUUUGGAACAAGAUGAAAUGCCUAAGUUAUCAUUAGUUCAUAUUAAACGGGAUGUAAGAAUAACUUAUGAUGUAAAAAAAAGAUACAAGAGGAAAAGGUCAGUAACCAGUAAUUCAGAUAAAUCAGAAACUGCAUCUAGGCGACAAAGAUCACAGAAAAAGGCUGCCUUAGCUAAAUCCCAAUACACUGAACUGUUAGAAAAAGGAGAGGACAGUAAGAGUUUGCAGGCUGAAACACUCAACAGUCUUAAAAGUUCUUCAGAAAAAUCCUCUGGUAAUGAGGAAAUACAAUUUAAUAAAUACAGUAAGAAAGAGUUGAAAAAAAUGAUGAAAAAAAAUCAUUUAGAAAGCCAUAAAAAAGAUUUAGAAUCUAGUUUAAAAUGUCAUAAAUUUACACACAGGACAAAAUGGUCUGUAAAUUAUAAAAGCGGUGUUCAUUUUAUUUCACCUAUUAAGAUAUAUGCCAUAUUAUACAUAUCUUUAUUAAUAAUAAAAGAUUCUAUUCAGUUGGGAGACUUAUUUCGAUUUUUAAAAGAGGGCCACUUAAACUAUGAUAGAUUUUCAACAUUAUUUCCAGAGAGCUAUUCAGAUAAAACAUUUAGUUUUCAUGAUUACGGUAAAACUUGUUUUUUUUCUACCAAGUAUUUUAGGUCUACAGUUUCAAAGUUGAUAACAUUUUUGGAAGUCGAUGAAUACAUAAAAUGUCCAGAUUUAGUUGAAUUGGUUCAAAGAUAUUGCACGGAAAUGAAUCUUCCAGAUGACGUCCUAACGGCUGUUCAAAAUAUUUUAUCGCGCAAUCCCAUGAAAUUUGGAAAAGGUAGAAGAGAUAGAAAAACAUUCUACUUACCAAAUUAUGAAGCCAGAGUAAUGAGUCUCAUAAUUUUCGUAUUGAAAUUACUAUACGGUCUCGAUGGUGUUACAGAAAAUAGUUUAGGAAUGUUUGCUCAAUUAUGUAACACAGAAUUUCCCGAUUUAAAUAUGUUCAACAUUCAAAACUGGAUGAAAUGUAUACAUUACAGAACUCUAGUAAUCAGCGAAUACCAUUUUCCCACGUCUGAAUUGAAUAAUACAGAUGUGAAUGUGAAUUUAUUUUUGCAAUAUAAACAAUCUCAUAAUAUUUUUACUAAUGACAGAAAUAGGUUAAUUUCUGAUAUGGAAGGUUAUAAAAACUUGUUGAGUAAAAUUCGAGAUUUACAAAGGAAUGACAUCGCCGAAAUAGAAUAUUCUGCAAGUUUAACUCCUUUUAGCAACCAUCUUAACGUUAUAAAAAAUAUACCGAACCGAAAAGAAUUGAAAGACAUAUUAAAAUAUAAUUUUAAAAACGAUAGUUUAGAUUACCUAUUUCAUCCGAAAAAAUAUUUAGAACGUAUUAAUGAAAACGUUACAAUUAGACAUAGAGGAACGAAUGUUAAUUGCGUAUUCGAGCAAAUAAAAAAUCAGAUGGAUUAUACGCGUGUAAUUCAUAGAAAUCAGGACAAACUCGUAUGGGCGCAAAUCUUAGUAGCCCAUGAGGAUACUAGUAUACCAAAUGAUUUUAAAAACGAUCAACAUGAAGAUAACACAAAUACUAUACCGAAUACUCCUUCGACAGCUUCGUCAGACGAUGUUUCUCACAAUAUAAAUUACAAACCAUUCGAGACAUAUUGGUUGUAUUCACGUGAUGCGAUCGAUAGAGCAUCCAAACAACAUUUUAAGGAAUAUAUCGAUAAAUUUAGCGAUAGUUUUAAAUUUAUUUUAAACGAAUGUUCGAGAAUAAUCGAACUUAAUAAACAAGAAUUGUUUGUAGAGUUUCAGAACACCGAAUUGUAUUUGAUUUAUUGUGGAAACUAUAAAAAUGCUAAAAAACGUCGAGAUCUUCAUGAUUUACCGCCUCUUAUUCGACAAGCUGAAGAUGAUUGGUAGAAAAUUUCUUGGAGCAAAGCCGUGUCUUCAAUGACUUAAGACAACGAAAGUAAACAGAAGAAGAAAAAAUGUUUAUUGGGUAUUCCCAAAGGACUUUUGUCCAGUACCAAAAAAACUAUUGCCCACUCCUAAAAGACUAUUGCCCUUGCAAAGCAUUUGAUAAAACGAUAUACAUUUUAUAAAGAAAUAUACUUUAUUUUGAUAUCAUUUUGGUUUUAUUUCAAUUAUGUCUCAAGAUAGCUGUACUCAGGG